UCUCUCUCUCUGUCUGAUGGGAACGUGGAUGCAGCGCAUUUACAGUGCCCUCCCCCGUGGAUACUCCAAGUAUCUCCUUUUCCCUCAACCACCGACCAGAAACGUGUCAAACAACUUUUCAUUCAGCAUUCAGCUGAUAUAUGUAUAUAUCUACAUUUCAAUUUGCUUCGUUUUUGCGCUGUUUGAUUCGUCAUUCUCAAUCAUGAACGCACAGAUGGCGGAUAGUCAGAAACGACUUGCAGAUGAGCAGAAUCAAGCAACACCCCAGCACUGAAUACCCCAAGAAACCAGCAGAGGAUGUUUUGACCUUCAUUUGUUCCUCCAGCCUUCCUCUCAACAAUGGACCUCUUCUUGCAGGGCUCCUCUUUAAACUUAUCAAAACUGCUCCACAAUAUCAGCAUUCCUGUCAACGCUUCUGGGAAUUAUACUAACAACCAGUUCACAGAGGUCAACCUCUUUGAAAUCCUGGGUCCAAAACGCUCUCCCUUUUUCUUCCCAGUGACCAGUGUUUACCUUCUCAUCUUUCUCAUCGGCUUGUCUGGAAAUCUGCUCACAUGUGCAGUGAUUGCAAAGCACAAAAAAAUGCGUAAUCCUACAAACUUUUACCUUGUGAGCCUGGCUGUAUCGGAUCUUCUCGUGCUUUUGUUUGGGAUGCCAUUGGAGAUUUAUGACCUGUGGCAGAACUAUCCAUUCCCCUUUGGUGAGGGUGGCUGCUACUUCAAAACGUUCCUGUUUGAAACUGUGUGCUUUGCCUCCAUCCUUAACGUCACAGCUCUGAGUGUGGAGAGGUACAUAGCUGUGGUAUAUCCACUCAAAACACGAUACCUGUCGACUAACCAGCACGCCAAACGGGUCAUCACCAUUGUCUGGGUGGUUUCGAUGAUCUGUGCAAUCCCCAACACCUCACUGCACGGCAUCUUCUACCUGCCAGAGAGAAUGGAGGAGUCAGCUAUUUGCACUGUGCUGAAACCUUUGUGGAUCUAUAACCUGGUCAUGCAAAUCACAACUGUCUGCUUCUAUUUUAUACCCAUGAUGGUUAUUAGCAUGCUGUACUUAAUCAUGGGCCUUCAUUUGGGGAGAGAAAGGCGGCAGUCCGGUGGGAACCUGGGAAAGAACUGUUGCAGCACUCGAAGGAAGAUGAGAGUGGAGAAUGGCCGAAGGAGACAGGUCAUCAAAAUGCUCUCAAUCGUGGUGGCAGUGUUUGGAGUCUGCUGGGCACCCUUUCACAUCGAGCGUCUCCUGUGGAGCUCUAUCAGCCAGUGGACCGACUUGAUGCACAACAUUUAUCAAUAUGUCCACAUCCUGUCGGGCGUCUUCUUCUACCUCAGCUCUGCAGUCAACCCUAUCAUCUACAGCCUGCUCUCCACGCGGUUCAGAGAGUGUUUUCGAGAACUUGUUUGUUCCCAGGGGGAGGACAAUAACUCUGUCAGAGACUCCCCUCCUUUUCCUAAAAUUUUGCUGGAUCCCUCCGUUGCAAGUUCAAGAGGUCAGGCCGAGGGGAAGAACUCUAAUGCUUUCAUCCCUUUGCUGUCUCCUAACAUGACACUGAGUAUGGACACUGAAAUCCUCACAUGUGCUUGUACAGACACAACCUGCAAGACCUCUGUAUUCUGACAUUUUAUUUGAACAAGCUAGAAAGCAGCUGGUGCAGAAAUAUUGUAAACCGAUAGAUUAACAUUUUGGAUCUUAGGUUUAUUUCUUUUCAGAAUUUGCUGACAUGAUGCUGUAUGAUGAAUACUGCCAGAAGAAAAUGAGCUUAGCUUAGAAUUGGACUUGAAACAAAUGAGGACAAGUAGGCUGUGUCAUAAUGUAAUGAAACUGUCUCGUCUGCUCGUCUCUGACCCUUUUAUUAACACUGGCUCAUCUCAAAAGUAAAUAAGGUUCUAGUUGAUGAGCCAUGUAAGUCCAAAAGUUGUUUUCAUGUUGUAUUUUAGUGCAAAGAGAGAUCAUUUGGAAGAAAAUAACUAAAUCUACUGCAAAAUCAUGACACUGGAGAUGUACGAAUUUUUGGCAGUUAGGCUGAUGAAACUAUGGAGCAUGAUGUUAUUGGGGACUGGGACUGGACCCCCUGAUGUUUAGUGAUGGUGGAGCAAAAAUAUGGUUGA